GUGAAUUGUAAAGUGGGGUCGCGUCACGUUGAACGUGUCUACAACGUGCUCUGUAUCAACCAAGUUUCGAUGGUAUCCCAAUAUUUUUCGCAUUUAUUUUUCGUAUAGUAUUUAAUUCUAAUCGGAUUUUUUUUUAAUUUAUUGUACAUUAGUAAUUAAAUUGAAACAUAUGUUUGAAUAUUUUAACCUGAUAUAGUCAAGUUAUGUGGUAUUCAUAGUGCGUUUAAGUUGCGUGUUAUCGGCAAAAGUGUGGCGGUUAACAAUUAUUAGACAUUAUCAGUAUUCUAUGGUUAUUUUAUGUUGGUCCACAUCGCACGUGGUAUUUUCAGUGGCAUACUGAGAGAUAUGAUGCAAUGUCCGCAUAGCGGAGGCUCAGAAUUUCGUCUAUUGAAUAAUAUGACAGACAUUGUAUUUUCCAGUUAAAGAUAUAAAUUAUUUAUCGAAUUUUAAGUAUAAAAUUAUUAAUUUAUUAAAUUAAAAUAAUCAAUAAAAAUGGCAAAAGUAUCAGAUAGCGAGGGUUUGCAACCAAAAGAUGUUGAUGUCGGGGAAGUAAAUGAUGAAAAAGGCUCGAGUGAGCGAGUUCGUUUGAAGAAGGAGUUAAGUUUAUUGAAUGGGGUAGCUAUUAUAGUGGGGGUGAUAGUAGGCUCUGGUAUCUUCGUGUCUCCAAGCCUGGCGCUCAAGAAUGCCGGUUCCAAGGGUAUGGCUCUCAUAGUCUGGGUGCUGUCGGGGUUCAUAUCAAUGAUCGGUGCUCUGUGCUACGCCGAACUAGGUACAAUGAUUCCUAAAUCUGGUGGAGAUUACGCGUACAUAGGGGAAGCUUUUGGACCAUUACCCGCCUUCUUGUACCUCUGGGUAGCGCUGUUCAUCUUGGUGCCUACGGGCAACGCUAUCACGGCAUUGACUUUCGCGAAGAAUAUUCUACAGCCUCUGUGGCCUGCUUGCCAACCCCCCACAGAUGCUGUCAGUUUAAUAGCCGCUGUUGUCACUUGUUUCCUAACAGCAAUCAACUGUUACAACGUGAAAUGGGUGACCAGGGUACAAGACUCAUUUACAGCUGCAAAGAUCCUCGCACUACUCGUCACAUUCUUCGCCAGUCUCUGGUAUUUAUUCUCUGGCCAUACUGAAAACCUCGAAAACAUGAUGGAAGGCACGAAAACUGCACCAGGGGACAUUGCUAUCGCGUUCUACUCUGGUCUUUUCUCAUAUUCCGGCUGGAAUUAUUUAAAUUUCGUCACUGAAGAACUCAAGGAACCUUACAAAAAUUUACCACGAGCGAUAUGUAUAUCAAUGCCAGUGGUGACAAUUGUUUACGCGCUCACCAACGUUGCGUACUUCGCUGUGCUCACCAACGCAGAGAUACACGCGUCCGAAGCAGUGGCGGUCACAUUUAGCGAGAAAAUCCUCGGCGUGGUAUCCUGGAUAAUGCCACUGUUCGUCGCUCUCUGCACUUUCGGUUCUCUAAACGGAGCUAUCUACGCCUCCUCGCGACUAUUCUUCGUUGGUGCUCGGAAUGGUCAUCUACCAUUAGUUAUAUCCCUUAUAGAUGUUAGGAGGCUGACCCCAGUGCCGUCGUUAAUAUUUAUGUGUUUGGUUACAUUAGUGCUUCUAAUGUACAACGACGUGGAGUCGCUGAUGAUCUACGUGACCGCGGUGGAGGCCAUCUUCAUCCUGUGCUCUGUUGCUGGCCUGCUCUGGAUGCGGUACACGCAUCCGAAGCUGCACCGACCCAUUCGAGUCAGUCUACUCUUCCCCAUGAUCUUCCUUGUCGUCUGCACCUUCCUCGUCGUCUUCUCAUGCUUUAAAAACCCAAUGGAAGUCGGAAUUGGUGUCGCGUUCAUCGCUCUCGGAGUACCUUUCUUCUACGUGUUUGUGGUUCGAAAAGAUAAACUGACGUGGUUGCAGUCGGCUUGUGAUUCUUUUAAUCUAACAUGUUCGAAGGCGUUCCUCUGCCUUCCAGAAAAUUCUAAGGAGUUAUGAUCGUGAUAGUGAUCUGAAGUGUUAUUUGCGCUCUGUUUUAGAGUGAUAUUUUUGAUCUGCCUUGCAUAAUGUUAGUGGUCGAUAUUGAUUCCUAUUCAUUUUUAGGUUAAGUUUAUUAUUGACUUAGAUUAUGGAAAUUGUAAUAAAUUUCGUAUCUGAACAUUCCUAAUAA